AUGAAUUUCAAUAUUGAUUAUAAUUUCAUUCAACAAUUUUUAGUUUCAAACCCAGAUGUAUCAGUUUAUGAUGCUGUAAAUAUACACCAUUACAAUUCGGUCAAUUUUGAUACACAUAAUAAUAGGCAUGAAUACUUCUUAUUGCUUGUUCUAAAUUAUAAACAAAGAGCCUUUAAUAAGUUUUAUCUCCUUAUAGCAAGACUGAUCGAAGACAAGCCACCAAAUUUAGAUGUAGUCGAAGCUAUCUCUAAUAUGCGAAUUAAUGAAAAAUGUUUGACACAUCUUACAGAAAAGUUUAAUUAUUUACAAGAAAUAUGUCUCAAAUUGUGUGCAGAAUUGGAAAAUGUGAAAAAGUAA